UAGAGUGCAACAACAUAAUUACAAACUGAAAACCCCACAGAAGAAGACGUUAACGACUGCAGUUCGCAUUUGAACGACCCAAAUGGAAACGCGGUUGAUGGGAAAGUAACCGAUAUUUCACAUAAGUGCCAGCGGCGAAGGAUCCAAGGGGACUGAACGUAGGAAGAAAUAAACUUGAGGGUCCUACAUGGCUGCGCCAACGUUACAGCAGCCCAGUUUCCUUCUGGCCAACCUCAAAGCAGACGCGACCACCAAACCUCUCCUCCAGCGAUGCCAGGAUCUGGUGAAGAUCAUUGAUGAAUAUCCCGCAAAGGAGCUGCACUUGAUUUUCCCCUGGCUGGUGGAGAGUGUGUUUGGCAGUCUGGACGGCAUCAUUGCAGGCUGGAACCUGCGACUCCUGCAUUCAAGGAACAAUGAGUACAUCAUUGCUAUGGACUUUCUGAACCCCAGCGGGCCGAUGAUGAAGCUUGUGUAUAAACUUCAAGCAGAAGAGUACAAAUAUGAAAUACCUGUCAAUUAUCUCCCGGGUCCUGUGAAGGCCUGCAUCCAGGAGGGCGUUCUCCCAGACUGUCCGCUGUUCCACAACAAGCUGCAGUUCCCCCUAUCUGGUCUGCUGACUCUGAACCUCGCUCUCAAUCCAUUUGAAUUCUUCAUGUUCAAUUUUGCCUACUGUCUCAUCACGCCAAAGAACUACCCCCAAGGCCAACACGGAAGCUCCACAGACAGUGCCUACUUUGUGCUGGUGGACACCUACCUGAAAUACUUCCUCCCCAGUGAAGGAAGUGUGCCUCCCUCUCCUUUCUCUGACUCCAGAGGUUCUGUCACUGCACCCUCGCCAAGAUCUUCCAGUGUUUCCUUUGCUGGUUAUGGCGUUCACAGCCCCAGUCUCCUGAAGCAUCACAUAUUCCAUCAGCCCUCAGUUAACGCAGACCCCGCUGCCCAGGAAAUCUGGAGGUCUGAAACACUGUUACAGUUGUUUGUGGAGGUCUGGCUCCAUCACUACUCCUUGGAGAUGUACCAGAAGCUGCAGUCUCCUCAGGUGAAGCUGGCGCUGCUGCAGUACCGCCUCAGUAUGUCCAGCAUGCCGUGCCAACCCCACGCCCCACCAGGCUCUGGGACCCUCCACACCUACCAAGUACUUUUACCUUUUCAUUCACCCCCGCCCCUCUGGGGCCUCCUGGAGGAGCCCUUCACUCCGACAGAGGAACAUGUGCUGGUGGUGCGUCUCCUGGUGAAACAUCUGCAUGCCUUCGCCAACAGCCUGAAGCCUGACCAGCUGUCGCCCUUACCCUUGGCCCACUCGCACACUCACACCAGCCCACUGGAGGAGUUCAAGAGAGUGGUGGUGCAGCGUUUCGUUCAACAGAAACUGUACCUGUUUCUUCAACACUGCUUCGGUCACUGGCCUCUAGACGCCUCUUUCAGAGCGGUAUUAGAGACAUGGCUGAGCUACAUCCAGCCGUGGAGAUACACAGGGGAGAAGACCAAUCCUCAGCCAGACCAAAACAGAACGGUACCCGACAAAUGGGAGUCGUUUGUUCAGGAGAACCUGCUCAUGUACACAAAGCUCUUCCAGGUCUUUUUGAACAGAGCAGUAAGGACAGAUCUGGUCAACGCCAAAAAUGCACUCAUGGUCUUCAGGGUGGCCAAAGUCUUCGCCCAGCCAAACCUUUCAGAGAUGAUCCAGAAAGGUGAGCAGUUUUUUCUGGAGCCCGAGCAUGUCCUCCACCACCGCCAGCCCCGCGGCUACCUGACACCGAGCCAAGGAGGCAGCUACCUGUCGUCACGGCAAAAGGUGGUGACAGACAUGGUGUUCAGGGUGAAGAGCCACGUUUAUGCCUUGGAAGGACAGGACUGUCAGUACAAACAGAUGUUUGGCCCUGAGCUCAGAGGAGCAGUCAUGAAGUUAAUCCAGAUCAUUGCGCAAGCCAGACAGACAGCCAAGAGGAUCUCAGAUCAAUCCAGUGAGGUGGCAGCCAAUACCUCAUUCCUGUCCUGGUUUGGUCUGGGCUCUUCUGAUGUCAACAACACCUUCCCUGGAGCCGAGGCAGAGGAGAGUGGGGAAUGUCUGAAGAAGACCCACGAAUUUCUGGACAGAGCUUUGGAAAACCUGUGUCAAAUCUUCAAGCUGAACCAAGGGCAACUGACUCAGCUUAUAUCAAACCUGAGUUCUUCCCAGGACGACGGCAACUGCAAGCAGCUGCCGGACUGCAUCCAAGGGGAGAACGGACUUAUCCUAACUGACCUGGGCAGGAGGCAGAUCAUAAGCGGACUGCGCAGGUUUGACAUUCAUUAUCAAGGAGACCCGGAGCUCCAGCCCAUUAGGAGCUAUGAGAAUGCCCUGCUGGUCAGGCUGUUCUACAGGAUCUCUUCUCUGGUCAAUGAGAGGUUCGGAGGGCACAUGAAUGCACUCUGCUCACGUUCAGACUUGCUGGGUCGCCUGGGGCGUCACUACUUGACGGAUCCUGGUUCCAUAACAAAACUAAAGCGUAGCCCGAUAUCCCAGCGGGCGUUGGAGAGGAACCGCCAUCCGAGGCUGAGCCUGCGCCCGCUGGCCAGCUACAGGACGAUACUGCUGCUGCUGCUCUUCUACGCGUUUGGAGCCUUCCUGACGUUUGGUCCUUUAUCCAGCACGGUCUUCAUCCUCACAGGGGGGUUCCUGUAUGGACUCUUGAUGACGCUGCUUGGAGACAAACUGAAAACCCACUAGCAGAGCCACAGGGUUCCUACGCGUCUGGAAAAAAUACACAUGAUGUUUUUUCUCAAUUCCAGCUUUGAAUGUUUGGCAAAAAAUGUAUGAAAAUGAAUAAAGUGUUGAGUGGUUCCAUGCAUUUUAUGAUGAAUAAUGUAGUAAGCUAUUGAUCAAGGGCUGCAACUAACGCUGCCAGUUGUUUCUUUGAUUAAUUGUUUGGUCUUUAUAACAUCAGAAAACAGUUUAAAAAGGCCCAUUAUAGUUUCCUAAAGCCAAAACUAUGUCAUCGAAUGUCUUAUUUUGUCUGGCCAACGAUGUAGAACCCAAAAUAUUCAGUUGGCUGUGAUGGAAAAACAGGGAAAAGCAAUAUUUGAGAAUAUUUGAGAAUCUUAAAACAUCAGUCAUCAAAGCAGUUGCCAAUAAAAGUUCGUUCAAUUGACCAAUUGGUUAAGUGAGUACUCGUUACAGCUGUAUGUUGAUCCCUGUGAAGAAAUAUAGUUUGUCGCCUGCCGCAGUGACGUCACAGAUCUGAGUCAAACUAACAAUGUUAGUUAGGAGUACGUCUGUUAAGUGAUUCGGCCUACUAAAUAAUAGUAGGCCAAAUCAUAUGUAUUUCUGACCACUGAAAAAAAAUGCUGUCUCUACAGGGCUUCCUAAACGGACAGGAUUUUGAAAUGGAAGAUGUGUAGGAAUCCUGUUGGCAGCAGGGUGGAAAUGGACUGGCAGCUCUUUGUCCCUGCUUUUGAUAUGACUGCUUUACUGUUUAAAAUGGGGUUCAUAUAUAGUAACCGUGUACAUAAAUACAGUGUUGCUGCUCAGGUGGUGAGUUUUUUGUUGUUGUUUGUUUUGUUUUUUUCCCAGCAAGCAUCUGAAAACAGGCAGUUCCAAACAUUCAAAGUGUGCUGGUUGAUUAAACUGACUACAUUUCUCAUUGAGAGCAGAAUGCAUUUUUGUCCAAAAGGCUCAAUAAACUGU